GUGCAUAUGUAUUACAGUCAGGAUGCGUAAGUGAUCCAAUCGCAGCUACUUGUACAGCUUAGGCGAAUGCAAGAAGUGUUUCAGGUGAGUUUCACCUCGAUGCGAUCAUAGGUGGGGCAGGAGCUUCCUGGUGCCCCUCCUCCGAACUCUCGACGUCGUCCAUUAACAAACGCCACCAACAGCAAUAAAUCAUCCACCCACAACUACCUCCAGACGAGCACGCUUCGCCAUCAGCACACCCAUACACUCCGUCACCUCGUCGAACCCCACACACCACAAUGGUUGACCGUGCCAACCGCCCUUCCGCGUUGAACGCACCCAAGAGCUCAGGCCCUGUCGCACAAGUCGAAAUCAUCGGUGAGGGAGGCAGCCAAAAGGUCGUUGCUUCGCUUCCCUCGGGCGAGAGUGUGGAAGUCUAUCUGUUUGGCGCUACCGUGACUAGCUGGAAGAGCAAUGGCGGAAAGACAGAAAACCUUUGGGUCAGCGAGGCAGCAGAUCUCACAGGUAACAAGCCCAUUAGGGGUGGUGUUCCUGUCGUCUUCCCGAACUUCGGCCCACCCCCUGCGACCGGCCCUACCUCGAAGCUCUCCCAGCACGGUUUUGCGCGUAACUCACGAUGGGAAUACCUGGGCAAGUCUUCUACCGAGGAUGCCCUCGACACCAGCUCCGUGAAGCUCGACUUUGGCCUCGACCGUAACGGCAUCAGCGAGGAGCACCGCAAGGCAUGGCCGCUGGACUUUGGUCUGGUGUACAGCGUCACACUGAGCAAGGACACUCUUCAGACAGUCAUCACUGUACGCAACGAGGGCGACGAGAGCUUUGAAUUCCAGUUCCUGCUACACACCUACUUCAGGAUCAAGGAUAUCUCAAAGGUCACAGUCAACGGUCUCGGCAGCGUAGAGUACGUCGACAAGGUUCUCGACGCAACCACCCACACACAAACAGAGCCUACCCUGAAGUUCAAUGGCGAAGUCGAUCGCGUGUACAAGGACAUUAAGAUCGACACCACAAGCGUGCUCGAGGACGGUAAGCCCCGCUUCGAUGUCACCCGCGACAACGUUAAGGACACCGUCACCUGGAACCCGUGGAUCGAAAAGGCCAAGGCUACCGGCGACUUCGCGCCAAAUGAUGGCUACAAGAACAUGGUCUGCAUUGAGGUUGGUGCUGUCAACGGAUGGCAGAAGCUGGAGAAGGGCGAGGUCUUCGAGGGCGGUAUGCUUGUUAAGAGCCAUUUAUAAACAAUGGUUUUGCAAGCAGUAACGUCUGUGGGCGGUUACUGCUACAAUGAUAGUACGUGAAGCAUAGAAUGCAUAAUGACAGCCACGGUUGAUACAUGAGAUGUACCAACGGUCACGAUCAGAUCUUCUGUA